AUGACAGACACAGACGACGAUUCCAACGCAGCAGUCAUGGAUAAAACGACGAUUGUAUUUUGUCAGGGCCAAGGCUGUGUAAUGACAAACUUGCCUAUUCCAAUGCACCAAGAAUUUGUGUAUUGGGAAGUCAAGAUUUUGCAACUUGAAGAGUGUGAUCGCGUGGCGAUCGGUUUAGGGACCAAACCUUAUCCAUGCUGGCGAUUACCAGGCUGGCACCGACAUUCAGUUGCUUAUCAUUCACAUACGGGUGCAGUUCAUGCAAGCGAUCCGCUGGUAGGACGACCUUAUGGACCACCCUAUAAAGAAGGCGACGUGAUAGGCGUAGGCUACCUCCGCAACACAAACACUGUAUUUUUUACGCGAAAUGGCAAAAAUCUCGGUAAAGCCUCUAUUGGCUUCAAAUUCCCUGUAUAUCCUGUUGUAGGCGCCAUAGGCCCAUGUCAAGUUUCUGUGAAUUUUGGACAGCAGGAUUACUUGUUUGCGCCAGCCAACUUACGGGAAGCGGCAUUGGCUCCGAAACAAGGCUCCCUUCCACCCCCUCCAGCCUAUGGCGACGUACGUAAUACCAUAAUGCUGUUUGGCGCAUCCGACGACGACGACAACACCACCGACACACGACAUCUCGACUAUUCGCAACAACCCCAUGCAUCAUUCGAUCCAGCCUCCUCGCCACCACCACCACGAUAUACCUGA